AUGUUGACCGUCACCGUCCAUAAUUCUCUGGAUGGCCUACUGUGCCGAACAAUGGCGAGACCCACUGGCACCGGCAAGAAAGCAAUCAGUCAGCCGCCGCGAGACAAACCUCUGCAAUUUCGACACAUUUCCCUUGCCCGAAUACCGGUGUGCUUCAAAAGAGAACCCGAGACCAUUACAGGAACAUUCAAGUUUGCGACCCGCAUCUCUCCAAAUAUCUCCGCAGCCACCUUUCUGCGUUGCCAAGAGCGCCUUCCGCGAUCUCGUCGAACAAUACCCACUAACGCCCAAAUAUCCUGGGCUGUUGUCAACUACUACCCGCCACCUUCAAGUUGGUUAUAA